CUUGCGCGAAUUACUACAUAUCACUGCGUUCUGAUGAAUUAUUUUUUUAUCUAUCUUUGAUCUGUGAUUUAUAUUCUGAGUAAUAUGGUUGUGUACAGAAAACAUAUUUUAGUGAUGUGUGCUGGUGUUGCGCUAGUUGUGUUUGGUGUUAUUUUAAAUUGCAGCUGGUCUGAUAUAUUUCUCUCACAAAUUAAAAAGAUGAUGGUUCUCGCGGAAGGUUCCACAUCCUUCUACAUCUGGAGGGACAUUCCGAUCCCUAUGUACCUGGAGUGUUUUCUGUUUAACAUCACCAAUACAGAAGACAUUCUCGCGGGAAAGAACGUCAGCUUGCAGGUGCAGCAAGUGGGGCCUUAUGUUUUUAAGGAGAUACGGAAGAAGAUGAAUAUUACGUGGAAUGAAAAUAAUACGGUUACAUUCAGAAACCAACGGUAUUGGUAUUACCACCCAGAAAUGUCAAAUGGGAGCCUCUCAGACUUGGUGACCAGUAUCAAUCCUAUUAUUGUGACAAUAGGAUACGCGCUUCGCAACGAGAGUGUAAUGUUACGUGUAUUCGUCGACAUGGUUAUGCGAAUAUCUCACAGGGAUAUAUUUAUGAAAGCAAAUGUCUCGUCGUGGUUGUUUGAGGGAAUCGAAGAUCCGUUGCUCAAUUUAGCUAACAGAAUACCCAAUUUACCGUACGAUAUUCCAUUCGAUAAAUUUGGCUGGUUGUAUAGUCGAAACGGUUCAAUAGAUUAUGACGGCGAGUUCGUGGCGAAUACUGGUGAAAGGGACUUUUUCCAACUUGGCAUGGUUGAGAGAUGGCAGAACACAAAUAGAACAGUGUACCGGGAUAAGUGUGGAGAGCUGCAGGGAUCCUCGGGAGAGCUGUGGGCACCUCAAAGAGGCCUGGAUGAACUAAGUAUAUUUGCACCAGAUUUGUGCACCCAUUUGACUCUUACAGCUGAUAGACCAGUUAGAGUUAUGGGUCUUGAUGGCAUGCAGUAUAUUGCAAAUGAUUCACUCUUCGAUAAUGGACAUAACUAUCCAGAUAUGGCAUGCUAUUGUGAUGAACCUCGUGACAGCAACUGCCUUCCAGCUGGGGCUCUCAAUGUAUCCGCUUGUAAAUUUGGGGCUCCAGCAUUCGUGACCCGACCACACUUUCUCGACAUGGAUCCUUAUUACGCCAGCAAAAUAGAAGGACUUACCCCUAACAAGAAUCAUAACUUCAAAAUGUCCAUAGAGAUGAAUACAGGGAUGCCUCUCGCUAUAUCUGCACAGCUGCAGGCAAAUGCUCUAGUUAGACACAUACCCGGCAUGAGUUUAAACAACCAGCUUCCGGAUCCCGACGUCUUGGUGCCAAUGUUUUGGUUCCGUGAGGAAAUUGUGGUGAAUGAGAAAUACGCUAACUUCGCUCGGACUGCAUUAAGCAUCAAAUUUGUAACGCCUUAUGGGUUUUAUACACUGAUUUUCAUCGGCUGUGCAGUGUUGGCAGUGACAUUUUGGCAAUACAGAAAACAGUAUAUAAACAAGAUUCAACAUAUUUCACAUGAAGAUACAAUAUUAACACAAUCUUUUCUAAGGAAAAUAGAAACUAGUUAGCAUUUAUUACAGACAUCUCGUGCGAACACUGGUGGAGUGCUUUUUAUGAAUUUAAUGGUGAAUAAAUGAUCUUGGAUAGUAUUGUGUACACGUGUGGAAUUUAAACCAAGCAAUAUUUAAAUAAACUAGGGCAUAUACAUUUGCUUUUGUUAAAAAGGUUUACAUAUUUGUCGGUUCUGGGGGGUUUUAAUGUAAAACAAACGACACUAGACGAGAGGAGAGUCAAAUGGACCUUGCGUGUCAACGUUCGAGAUACUGUUGACCAAUCACAAUCGAACGGAGCGCACAAUCGUUUCGUUUACAUGUUCGUAUACGAUCUUGUAUGCGUUUAUUUUCACGGCUAUAUUAUGUCUCAUAAUCCUUAGCUAAUAGAAUAGUAACAAUAAAUAUUCAAAGAACUUAAGGGUCGUUCGAAUAGUGUACGUUUUACAUUGAUUUAAACUUAAUGUGUGACAAAUUUAUGCGUUCAUUAUGAGUAAAAUUGCCAUUGUAUUUAUAUAUACUUGACAAAUGUAUAAAUAUAGGUGAAAUUAAUGAAAAUAUAAUUUGUGCUAAAUGAGUGAGUUACUAACCGGCAAUACGCCUUUCGUCCAGUGAUGACCGAUAAUUAUAGUAAUAAGUUUAAUUAGUGAAUACAAAAAAAUCCUCAUGACAAUAAUUCGUAUAAAAUUACUUAUAAGAUAAGUAAAAACGGCAUUUGUAUGAAAGUGAAUUUAAAUUUCAUACGACUUACAAGUCUUAAAUACUUAAAACAUGUGAAACGUUGUUUUCAUUUUGUUUCGUUUUAAGCGUAUUGAAAUCGAGCGUUUUAGUUUAGUGUUUGAGAUUAAAAGCCCGACAGGGCUGAUGUAUUUUAUUAUCAUUAAAACCAAUAACUUUUUAAGGCUUGAAAUGAUUGACGAAAUGUGUAGUAAGUAACAUUUCUGUGAAAAUGAUUUAGAAACUGUAUCAAGAUAUAGGAUAAGGUUUUACAUGAAAAUGGCCCUCGAAUAGAUUCGUUAGUUUAGUUUAUAAUUAUAAAUAAGCAGGGAAUGCAAACUCGAUCCUUAAUUCGAGAUAUUGUGGGAUAAAGAAUUACAAUCUCGCGAGAUCUCGGUAUUUUCGAGAUUUCAGAAUCCUAGAUAGGAGUGAUUUUGAAAAUAACUUCUUGAGAAGCUAAGAGUAACAAGAGUGCUAUGUACCUAACAGCUGGCACCAGUGGGAGUGAGCUAUUAUAAGCGUAGUGUAAAAACCUACCCCUUGCGACUAUUACUUGCUAAUCAUUUAGAUGAUCAUGUCGCAGAAACACGUAAAGUACGUUUAGCUGCUCUUAGUCUCUUCUUAUUCGAAGAGUCGUGUUGGUUUUUGUAGUAAACGUAAAAUACUCGCAAUCAUUAAUAAAGGCAAUUUAUUUUAGUAAGUUUUAGUUUUCUGUUGUGGUGUCUCGCAAGGAUUCGAUCCCGCGAUUACAUUCCCUAGAAAUUAGUCAUGGAGCUUUUUUUGGCAAUAUUAAUAUUUUUAAAAACAGUGAUGGCAUGUCACAAAACAUUUCAAUAAGAAUAUUAUCAGAAAUUAUAAUUAAAAGUAAUUAAACUUUUAAUGCUUAAACUGUUAACAGGAGAGUUGCAGCUGGUAAUCAUUGACAUAAAUCCCUUAAAUUUAAGCAAUAUUUAGAAGAAACACAAUUAACAAAACAUAUGUUAUGUCUUAACAUGUCAAGAAAUUAUUAUAAAGUCAAAAAAAUAUAUUAUGUUUUUGUGUUGAUAUUACAAAAAUUUGAAUGAAACAAUCAUUAAAACAUUAACAAUUUUAUUUUAACCUUAAUAAAACCAACUGAUUUAUAAAUUUUAAACGAUUUUCAAACUUAAUAAAAAACUAGUGACAGCCCGUUCUAUAGUUAUACAAAAUUUGUAAGCUAAGUGUAUUCUAAGAAAUGCGAAAAAUAAUUUAUUGCCUUAAAAUUGGAAUAAGGAGCAAGUCUAAAAAAAUUGAUGAAUCUGUGGCGGCCUAUUUGACAAUACAUAACAUUGAUUGAUUAAACUAUGAUCAUUUGUAUGUACAAGGCAAGAUGCCUUCUUAUUAGUAGUGUAUGUAGAAAGUCGAAAACUAAAUUUGUAUGAAACUGCCGACAUGAACUGUCAUUUUCCAGCGCCACAUUCUUGGUGGGCUGCUGAAUUUGGUACUUCCGUCGCCAUUAUGAAAUGUCACACUAACUUAGUUUAUUUUCUGUUAUUUCUUGGUGCGUACAAUAAAUAAUUCUACUAUCUACCAACAUCUAAUAAAAACGAAACUAAAAUGUAUUUAUUUUUAUUCCUUGCAUUAUUAUUUACAAUAGUAAAGUUUUACUUGUCGAUCGUUAUCUUAAAAUAUAUUAUAUUAAUAGUAGGUAACAAAACCUAUCAUA